CACUAUGUUUUUGGCUUCCAGCCAUCAGGGAAGACAAACUGCAAUCAGAUCCGCGACACAGAUGGAAAAAGCUCCAUGAGCAGUAUGGGGGUUCCCUGCUCUUAUCAUGUACUCUGUAUCCUAAACGUGCUUCUCAGCCUGCAGGGGGUCCAAGGUGCUGCUGUGCUGGAAUCACUGAGCUGCACCAAUGACUACAGCACACACUGGAUGUGUCAUUGGAAAGAGAGGACAGAUGCUCACAGAGUGGUCCCUCUUGGACUUUAUUAUGAGGACAGCGUGAGCAGAAGUCGCUGUGUGCCCUCAUAUCCCCAGCCAGAUGGUCCUGAUGGCCUACAAAUGAGUUGCAGAGUUAAUGUGUCUGGAUUCAUUAUCACAAUGAAGGCCAACUUCACCUUCCUGCCAGAGCACAUCAUACAGAGCACGGCAGAAAUUACACCGGCUCACAGAGUCCAGGUACCUCCUCCACAGGGGCUCAUGAUACGUUCUGAGGAUGGACAACUGAUUAUGACCUGGAAGACCCCAAGUUUUUCUAACCCGUCUCUGGCUCUGGUUUAUCAGAUGACAUAUUGCAGAAAGGACUGGGAAAAAUGGGAGGAUGCUCCUUCCGUAAAUGUGGAAGAGUUGGAGGUUAGACUUGAUGCCCAUCUGUUUGUCCCAGGAAGCACUUACCUGUUCAGGGUUAGAGCUCGAAUCAAGGAAGGGCAGAAUUUAAGGGGUAUAUGGAGCACCUGGAGCAAAGCCCUUGACUGGGAGGUGCCUAAAGAUGAUGAGGAAAACCCUCAAAACUUUCAGUGUGUGUACGAUGGUUUAGUGGAGAUGAAGUGCAGCUGGGAAGUGAGAUCAGAGGUCACAUCAUCUGUGAUGUUUGCCUUGUACUACACUCAGAUCUUCACUAAAUCUCAUAAAGAUGCCACCACGUCUCCAGGACCAACCUCUGUUACAAGGGAGAAGCUCUGUCUUCCAACCACGAGUGUGGCCAAAGCUGGUUUCCACCCUACAUCCUCUACAAGCUGCACCCUGCAAGUACCACCUUCACAGGCACAAAGCUCCUUCAAUAUCCAGGUCAGACCUAUGGAGACAGUGAAGACUUUAUUCCUUCUCAGAAUAUCUCUAGUUGUCUUGCUUCCUACAUGCAUUGUAACUCUAUGGUCUAUGCAGGAUGAUGCAGAAUGUCCGGAUCACAUGGUGUUUAAUGUCUCGGGCAAUCUGCUGGAAUAUUACAUACCAAACUCCGAACUCCAAGGCACCACCAUGUACUCAGCCCAAGUCCGCUCACAGCCUGAGAAGACCCUAUCUCACAACAUCUAUAGUGGCCCCUGGAGUGAGUGGAGCAUAAAAACGUCCUGGAAGACCAAGAAAGCUGUGGAUGAACGAAGUAUUUAUUACGCUGUACCAAUUGGAGUUUUGCUGUUAAUCUGCACUUAUACGGGACAUCAUUUUUUUAAGAGGUCCAAAAAAGAGAUGGGAGCAAUCCUUGCCCGAUCCCAGCAAGAGCAAUCUCCUACGGGAGAAUGGUCAUUGACUUCAUCUACAAACUCAAGUGAAGAAGGAGAGGAACCUUACCCCCCAGAGCUAGCAGUAGACACUUUGCUACUCAUAGGUGAAAGGGAAGAUGCAAACAAAGACUCUCUGCAGUCAAAUGAAGGUUCACUUAGAUCUGACACCACUAUCCCAUCUGCAGAGGACAAUACAAAAAGUCACCACUCUGCCCAAGAAGUGACCAACAUUGGUGGACCACAAGAUUCUGUUGAUGGAACCAUAACUGAGAGAAUUGAGCAGCUCACCAACAUAGGUUGUAUGGAAUCCUAUCUGAUGUCCUCCCGUGCCCAAUCUAUGUUAAAUUUGGCGAGCAAAAAGAUAAGAAACCCAGAUUAUGUUACCCUACCAAGGUGUCAUGACAAGCUAUGGAUGCUGCCUGAGAAGAAUCAGACCCCAUUCACUGACAAUGAGCUCAACAGGAGUCAAAUGGGUUAUGUGCUAGGUAUGGGAGCUCAAGCUAUUCAACAGCAAUCCAAAAAACAGACUCAGGUGGGGCUUACUGUUCCAGAUAGAAGUUAUAUCUCUGUACCGUUACCUUCGGACAUCAAGGUUCCUUCAGAGGGACAGGGACCACUGAUGAUCAUAAACCAUGAUGGAGCUGGACCUCUCAUGCUGAAGCAGGUUGGAGACUAUUGUUUCUUUCCUGGGCUUCGUGGAAGUCAAGAGAAAUUAGAAUCAAAGGUAGCUUCACAGAGUAGGCAUAAAGAGCCGCCCAUAAUCCUGGAUACCCCAUUGCCCGCUGUGCAGGCCUUCAAGGUUAUGCAGAGAGGAUAUCUGACCCUACCUGGAACUUAGAAAACCGAUGUGCCAUGUUAGCUAAUAAAGAAUAAAUAGCACAACCACAAUUAUUUGUAAAUUACAAGGAGAAAUCUCUGUUUCUGAUCUAUUAUAAUAACAGAUGUUAUGACUCAAAUGGGAUCUGAGAUGGAUGAACUCAACAGACAUUUGUCUAUUAUCAAUCUCAUCUGUUAUGUUAAUGUAAUUUCUUGAAUAUAUGUUUGUGCUAAUAUGCUUACUAAGUUUUGUAAUGUAGAUAAUAUAAAACUGCAGAUUUGAUAAACAAGUUAAAGAAAACCGAAAGGUAUAAAAGAAGCGCCAGGGACUAUUUAAAGGGAUAUGAAAACCAAAAAUGUUCUUUUGUGAUUCAGACAAAGCAUAUAAUUUUAAAGUUUCCAAUUUACUUCUAUUAUCACAUUUGCUUUGUUCUCAUGUCCUUCUUUGUUGAAGAGAUACCUAGGUAGCAUCUGGAGCACUAAACGGAAGGAAAUAGUGCUGCCAUUUAGUGCUCUUGCAAAUGGAUAAAAUGUUUGCAAAACUGCUGCCAGAAAUGGACCGGCUCAUGUCUCUGCUUUUCAACAAAAGAUACCGAGAGAACAAAGAAAAAUUAUAAUAGAAGUUAAUUAGAAAGUUGUUUAAAAUUACAUGCUCCAUAUGAAUCCUAAAAGAAACAUGUCCCUUUAAAGAAGAAAUAUUGCUACCUGUUAAAAACAGGAGGUGGUUGUUUUUUUUAAAAAGGGAGAAACUAUGGAUUCUUUAAAAAACGUUACUACGUGUUGUGCUCAAACCUGGAUAGAUAUAAAAAUGAUUUUGCAAGUAUGUUGAGUGCGUAGAUAAUACAGUACCUACUACGCAAGUCUGUUCUUAGAUGCAUAUUAAAAGUCAGAGCUUACAGAAUACCUUAUAAUAGCGCUAUCUAAUAGAACGUCUUCACCAGUGGACAUAAUGAUCAUGUGACUGGUAGCAAAAUAGUAAAAGUAUUUCAGUGAAUAAAUCUGCUUAAAUUAAAUCAUUAAUUAAUUCAGGAGAUAUUUGAAAGUUAAAACUAUAUAAAAUAAAUAUAUAUAUAUAUAAAAUAUGUGUACAGGGCAGGAAACCUAUCACAAUCGUUUACUAGCUAUGGGAGAAGAGUUAGUAAUCCACUUGAACACAUUUCCUCUUCUGCGUUUAUUUUCUUGCAAUUGUUUUCUGUUUUAGUUUCCAUUAUUAUGUUGUCUUUUUUUGUUAUGUGCCUAUACCUCCUUCCAUUUCCUUUUUUCCUACACAUGCAGGUUGAGCAGCACAAUAUAAAUAUUGUCCCACAGCACUGUCUUCAUCCACUAUUUAACCUCAGUAUUGUCCCCACCUACCAUUUUACCUCAUAGCAUUAUCCCCACCUACUGUUCUGCCUCAUAGGAUUUUCCUCACCCACUAUUUUAACUCACAGUAUUGUGCCCACUAGCCAUUUACUUCACAGCAUUGUGCCCACCCACCAUUUACCUCACAGCAUUGUCCCUGCUCACCAUUUACCUCACAGUAUUGUCCCUACUCACCAUUUACGUCACAGCAUUGUUCCCACUCAUUAUUUUACCUCACAGCAUUGUGCCCACCUCACAUUUACCUCACAGCAUUGUCCCCUGCUCACCAUUUACCUCACAAUAUUGUCCCACCCACCAUUUUACCUCACAGUAUUGUCCCUGCUCACCACCUCAUAGCAUUGUCCCUGCUCACAAUUUACCUCACAGUAUUGUCCCACCCACCAUUUUACCUCACAGUAUUGACCCUGCUCACCAUUUACUUCACAGAAUUGUUCCCACUCAUUAUUUUACUUCACAGCAUUGUGCCCACCCCCCAUUUACCUCACAGCAUUGUCCCCUGCUCACCAUUUACCUCACAGUAUUGUCCCACCCACCAUUUUACCUCACAGUAUUGUACCUGCUCACCACCUCACAGCAUUAUCCCUGCUCACCAUUUACCUCAGUCUGUCACGGAGACCAUUUACCUGCCUCAUUACUCCCUGGUGAACCCCAGUCAUGACAUGGGAAACUUGCAGCAAAAAGUGUGAAAACAUUUUUUUAAAAUAAAAUUUUAAUAAACAAAUUUAAAAACAA